AUGCUUCACAAACAUUCCCGUUCUCGUCGAUCGCGUGUCGUCCGCAGCCGCCGUCGUUGUUCAUUCAAAGAAGUGCAACAUGGCAUCCGAUGGCCCACCGGGCACUGAAUCUCUACAGUCCGAUUUAGGGUCUGCCAUUGUAGCUUUGAACACAUGGAGCCACCCGGAGUUGCAAGCCAAACUGGGGGAGCUGGGAGCACCAAACAUGGGUCCAAGAGAGGAGCUGAUCGAUAGGCUCAAGGGAUACAUGAUCCAGACGGGGGUUCUCCUCAGCAAACCCAACGAUGAUAAAUCCAUGGGCCCUCAGAUGCAGGGGCUCCCGCCAAUGCCCCCCAUGCCCAUGCCGCCCCUGCCCCCGGGCAUGGGCAUGCUGCAGGCCAUGAGCAUGAUGUCCGGGGGUCCGCCGCCACCCGGCAUGCGCAUGCCCCCGGGCCUCUCCCAGGAGGAGCAGCUGAAGAUGGCCCAGCAGCGGGCCGCCAUGAUGAUCCAGCAGGAGGAGAGGGCCAAGCACCAGGGGGACCCCCGCAUCAUGGAGGAGCAGGAGCUUCUGGAGCAGCAGAAGAGGGCUGCGAUGCUGCUGGAGCAUGAGAGGCAGCAGCAGAUGGCCAAGAUACACUCUGGCCCCGGAGGGCCGGACAUGGGCCCCAGGCCACCCAUGAUGUCCUCCAUGUCUCCAGGCAACCCCAUGAGAGGUAUGGACCCUCGUGGGCCCCUCCCCCCAGGGGUGAGCAUGAUGCCCACUCAGAGACAGAGGGUCCCCCCCCCUCCCGGAGAGGACGGCAGAGAGCUGUUCAGUGCGCGUGUGUGUUUCCACCUCCUCUCUGACUGCGUCGGCGCUCCGCUUCUGCAGAGCUGGCAGGGGGAGGAGUCGAGCGUGGCCGGGCCCAAGAUCCCCCAGGCGCUGGAGAAGAUCCUGCAGCUGAAGGAGAUGCGACAGGGCCAGCUCACCGACCCCACAGAGGAGGAAGAGGAGGAUGACGAGGGAGCCGACACUGAGAUGACGGGCUCCUCCGCCCAGGGCAUGUCGGAGACGGACGAAGACGACGGACAGCUGUCAAAGAAAGACAAAAACCGCAAGCGCAGGAACCGCAAGAAGAAGAACAAGAAGAAGCGUGCGCAGGAGAAGCGGGAGCUGCAGGGCCAGGAGAAGCCCGAGGCGGACGGAGACAAGGACGGGGAGGACAAGGACAAGGAGAAGGAGGACGAGGUGGAGAUCGAGUAUGUGACGGAGGAACCGCAGAUCUACGACCCCAACUUCAUCUUCUUCAAGAGGAUCUUCGAGGCGUUCAAGCUGACGGACGACGUGAAGAAAGAGAAGGAGAAGGAGCCGGAAAAGACGGACCAGCCCCUGGCCAACCUGCUGAAGAAGAAGGGCUUCGAGGAGGAGAAGAAGGACAGCGAUGACAGCGACGACGACAUGAGGCCCGACGUGUCCAAGCUCUCCAAGAAGAAGAUGAGGAGGAUGAACAGACUGACGGUGGCCGAGCUCAAACAGCUGGUGGCACGCCCCGACGUGGUGGAGAUGCACGACGUGACGGCUCAAGAGCCCAAGCUGCUGGUGCACCUUAAGGCCACGCGCAACACGGUGCCGGUGCCGCGCCACUGGUGCUUCAAGAGGAAGUACCUGCAGGGCAAGAGGGGCAUAGAGAAGCCCCCCUUCGAGCUGCCCGAGUUCAUCAAGCGCACCGGCAUCCAGGAGAUGAGGGAGGCGCUGCAGGAGAAGGAAGAUGCCAAGACCAUGAAGACCAAGAUGAGGGAGAAGGUGCGUCCCAAGAUGGGCAAGAUUGACAUCGACUACCAGAAGCUCCACGAUGCCUUCUUCAAGUGGCAGAUGAAGCCCAAGCUCACCAUCCACGGGGACCUUUACUACGAGGGGAAAGAGUUUGAGACCCGUCUCAAGGAGAAGAAGCCAGGAGAUUUGUCCGAUGAGUUGCGCAUCGCUCUGGGAAUGCCCGUCGGACCAAACUCCCACAAGGUGCCCCCACCCUGGCUCAUCGCCAUGCAGCGCUACGGACCUCCGCCCUCGUACCCCAACCUUAAGAUCCCCGGCCUCAACGCCCCCAUCCCAGAGAACUGUACGUUUGGCUACCAUGCCGGCGGCUGGGGGAAGCCGCCCGUGGACGAGAUGGGCAAGCCCCUGUACGGAGACGUGUUUGGCACCAACGCUGGAGACUUCCAGGCCAAGGCCGAGGAGGAGGAGGUGGACCGCACCCCCUGGGGGGAGCUGGAGCCCUCGGACGAGGAGUCCUCCGAGGAGGAGGAAGAGGAGGAGAGUGACGAGGAGAAGCCAGACGAAACCGGCUUCUUUACCCCAGCGGACAGCGGGCUGAUCACCCCAGGAGGCCUGUCGUCCGUCCCUGCCGGCAUGGAGACGCCCGAGCUGAUUGAGCUGAGGAAGAAGAAGAUCGAGGAGGCCAUGGACGGCAACGAGACGCCCCAGCUGUUCACCGUGCUCCCAGAGAGGCGGACGGGCGCUGUGGGGGCGGCCAUGAUGGCAUCCACGCACAUAUACGACAUCUCGGCGGCCAUGGCAGCGCGUAAGGCAGGGGGCGGUGGGGGCGGCGGGGGCGGCGGGCAGGAGUCCCAGGGCGUGGAGGUGGCCCUGGCGCCUGAGGAGCUGGAGCUGGACCCCAUGGCCAUGACCCAGAAGUACGAGGAGCACGUGCGCGAGCAGCAGGCGCAGGUGGAGAAGGAGGACUUCAGCGACAUGGUGGCCGAGCACGCCGCCAAGCAGAAGCAAAAGAAACGCAAGGCGCAGCCCCAGGACAACCGGGGAGGGGCCAAGAAAUACAAGGAGUUCAAGUUCUAGCCGAGGGAGGGGAUUCGGAGCUAGCGUUUUAACUGCAGGUCAACCCUGACACACAAGCCACGAAGACGUCUUUUUCUGUUUGUGGUUUUUUAAUUUUUCCAAACAUACUUGUGCACAUAUCCUCGUUGAUUCUGUGCAAUCGCUGCCAGCUUCGUCAUGUGCAUUCAAGUUUGGCUGGGUGAAAUGUCUUUGUUUUCUAUUGUAGUUUUGCUUUUCAUUUUUUUGUAAAUAAAUAAGUCAAAGUCC